GACUUUCCCAACCCACCCACUCCUUUGUCUCUGUACCACGAAAGCCAACAGGACCCUCGGAGGAAGAAAGGGUUUCCCGCAGGAGGGCGGGCACCCAGCUCCGAGGGCUCCUCUCCUCCACUGGCAGAGGUGAAGAAUGGCCCUCCCUCUCACCCCGAGACCCAUCGGUGUGCAGCACCGAGAGGCCCCCCUGCCUGCCCAAGGAGCCGCUUCGGUCAGCCAGGAGGGAAAGCUGCCAGACGACAGGAUUGGCUGACGGCCGCACGCCCCCGCGGUCUCGGGAGAGCCCCGCCUGGCCUGCGUGUCUGUCUCUCACACCCCGGGCUGUGCCUCAGGGAGGGCGGGGGGAAGGGCGGAGCCUGAGGCAGUAGGGGGCGGGGACCCGCAGCUUCAGGGCUCUCAUUGGUCGUGGUCUCGGGGGCGGGGCGGGCUCCGGCCCCUCCCUGCCUCCUAAACUGCGGCCUCCGGCGCGCCUCCAGCGUUGCAUCAGCCCCAGCCAGCAGCGCCUCCGAGGGAAGGCUGGGCGCACGCGGUCUGCUCUGCCAGGCUCCAGCCCACAGCCCAAGUCUCUCCUCUUUCUGGAAACCGUCCCUGCAGGGACCCGCAGAGCUGCGGAGCCGCCGCUGGCGCAGGCCACCGUCUCCACCCGAUCCAUUCAUUGAAAACCGCUCUCUUCUCCGAGUCCGAGUUCCUUGCGUGCUGCUGUUUUGGAGCGGCGGGCAGCGACAUGGAGAAGAGCGACGAGACCAACGGCUACCUCGACGGCACCCAGGCAGAAGCUGCAGCCGGGCCCCGCACGCCGGAGACGGCGGCGGGCAAAACGCAGCGCUGCGCCAGCUUUUUCCGUCGCCACGCGCUGGUGCUGUUCACCGUGUCGGGGGUGUUGGUGGGCGCUGGAAUGGGCGCGGCGCUGCGCGGGCUGCAGCUCACCCGCACUCAGGUCCUCUACCUGGCCUUCCCCGGCGAGAUGCUGCUCCGCAUGCUGCGCAUGAUCAUCCUGCCGCUGGUGGUGUGCAGCCUGGUUUCCGGCGCCGCCUCCCUAGACGCUAGCUCCCUGGGGCGCCUGGGCGGCAUCGCGGUCGCUUACUUCGGCCUCACCACGCUGAGCGCCUCUGCGCUCGCCGUAGCUCUGGCGUUCAUCAUCAAGCCAGGGGCGGGCGCGCAGACCCUCCAGUCCAGCAGCCUGGUGCUGGAAGACUCUCCUCCGGCCUCCAAAGAGACGGUGGACUCCUUCCUCGAUUUACUUAGAAACCUGUUUCCUUCCAAUCUCGUGGUUGCAACAUUCAAUUCGUCUGCAACCGGUUACGCCUACCUGCCCCAGAAUACCAGCUCGGGGAACGUGACCUACGAGAAGAUCCCCGUUGUCGCCAACAUUGAAGGAAUGAACAUUUUAGGACUGGUCCUUUUCUCCCUGGUGUUAGGAGUGGCUCUAAAGAAGCUAGGCCAUGAAGGAGAAGAGCUCAUCCGAUUCUUCAGUUCCUUCAAUGAGGCGACGAUGGUGCUGGUGUCAUGGAUUAUGUGGUACGUCCCUAUAGGCAUCACGUUCCUGAUCGGCAGCAAGAUUGUGGAGAUGAAGGACAUCAUCAUGCUGGUGACCAGCCUCGGGAAGUACAUCUUCGCAUCUAUCCUGGGCCACGUCAUUCACGGAGGAAUCGUUCUGCCUCUUAUCUAUUUUGCUUUUACACGGAAAAACCCGUUCAGAUUCCUCCUGGGCCUUCUCACGCCAUUUGCAACAGCUUUUGCUACCUGCUCCAGCUCAGCAACCCUUCCAUCCAUGAUGAAGUGCGUUGAAGAGAACAAUGGUGUGGACAAGAGGAUUAGCAGGUUCAUCCUCCCCAUCGGCGCCACGGUGAACAUGGAUGGAGCAGCCAUCUUCCAGUGUGUGGCAGCGGUCUUCAUCGCCCAGCUCAACAACAAGGACCUGAACGCAGGGCAGAUUUUCACCAUUCUGGUGACUGCCACGGCGUCCAGUGUUGGAGCAGCAGGCGUGCCAGCUGGAGGGGUCCUCACCAUCGCCAUUAUCCUGGAGGCCAUUGGAUUGAGCACACAUGACCUCUCUCUGAUCCUGGCUGUCGACUGGAUCGUGGACCGGACCACCACUGUGGUGAAUGUGGAAGGGGACGCCCUGGGAGCCGGGAUCCUCAACCACCUGAAUCAGAGGGCAGCGAAGAAAGGUGAGCAGGAGCUUCAAGAAGUGAAGGUGGAAGCCAUUCCCAAUUGCAAGUCGGAGGAGGAGACGUCGCCCCUGGUGACACACCAGAACCCAGCAGGCCCUGUGGCGGUUGUACCAGAACUCGAAUCCAAGGAGUCAGUGCUCUGAUGGGUCUGGGUCUCAGGCUAGCCUGCUAGUACCAGCGACCCCCCCCCCCCGGUAGCCCGCCCCAUUGACAUGGGCAUGGCCCUCACAGACUUUUCCCCAAGCAAUGUCUAAUCACCAAUUUGAGGAUGACCUCUCAGCGGAAGCAUGGGGCUCCCAGGCCAGGACUGAUCACUGAGGACUGUCUGUCUUGAUCUGUGUCUCAACAGAGCUGAAUACACCUUGACUGUAUUUGAAAACCCCCUUGAGCUGCCAGGCCUGGGGGGGCCUGGGGAUAAAGUUGGGGGAAUGCAGAUGGACUCCUCACUGUCCCCUGGUGGCUCCACAUCUGGUGCUUUCUGGGCAAACCAGAGGGGUUGAUGGUUGUCCAGCACAUUGUCUCAGCACCAGCAGACACUGAAGAAAUCCCGGGGUCUUAGAGCUAAGGUCUGCUGAGCCGUGAACUGUGAACUGUGUUCCACCUGUGUGGUGGCCUCUAAGGGACCAGAGGUGCUGCCCAGUGUCAAGUUGUACAUACUCCAAGUGGGGGUUAGCAGAGCUGGGGUCUCAGCUUGAGUAAACCAUAAGUUCUGAGGCCAGGGGAAAGACUGGAGAGCACGCUAAAGAGGCUACGACAGGAUUGUUCCCGUUCUGGUCCUGAGGCACUGUCCUGCUCCCACUGAGGCUUGGCCCUCUGCCAGCAUUUUCCCUCUGUUUCCAUUUUGAUUUUGGCAACAGACCCUAGGACCUCCUCCUCUGGGAGGGGGAUGAUGUGGUCCUCCCUAAAGUGCUGCAGAGCAGGAAAUCAUAUACUCCCCAAGAAACCCAAGCACUGACAGAGGGGAAGCUCUGUUCUCGGGCCCGGCUUUGGUCUCCACGGGCAACUCCUCACUUUGUGUGUCCCGUGGUUAGCCGUAGACUACGUCGUUGGGAGCUGGUGAGGCCAAACGUAAAUCUGUGGAAAUUACUGUUCUGCUUCUUGGAAGUCAAGUUCCAGCACCAGUAAGUGGCCAGUUUAUCUGAGAAACCACCCCCUCCAUGGAGGCCACCUGCAGGCACGAGCAGCUCCUCUGGACUGUUCUCAGACUUCAGAACUCACAUUCAGUGCAGCCUCUUCGGCGCGAGCUGCCUCCUACCACAUUUCUGGGUACCCAACCUUGGGUUAUGGCUCUACCCACAGUUUCUGCUAUCCCCACCCAUAAUAGAAAAUUAAGCCCCUAAGUCAUCGGCCUCAUCCGUUCUCUUGCUUUCUCUGGUGCACUUAUCACUGCACCCCAUACACUUGGGGCAGGUGCCAUCUUAAAAUGGGGCCUGUGCCUGAGUGAGGGGAUGGGCAUGAUCCAUGAGAGACAGAGCACGUAGCCAGAAUGAAGGCCCAGCCCUUUAACUCACCUGAGCCACUCCACUCUCCUGAGGGGCCAGGAACGACCAGGAACUGAAUGGGGAGUGGCAGACCUUGCUGCCAACACUGCUUUUAAAGGGGAUCAGUCACAUUGUUUAAUUACGAAUGAGCAUUUGGUAUUUUUAAAGUUUCAGUGUAUAUUUUCCUCUGGGUAUUUACAUAUACUUUAUGUAUCGUGUGUGUGUGUGUGUGUGUGUGUGUGUGUGUGGUUUUAGCCCUAAGCAAGUUUGAGUUUGGAUAAAGGGGAACUAAACUACAAAUUAUGUCUUUGGCAUCCUAAUAUUCUCACUUCUAAAGAAUCUGUUAAAUAGGCAUUGGAACCAGACAGCAAAAGCCACUCAGAUGCCAACCUGGGCCCAGGAAAGAGUACUGCUGUGGGCUGUGACACGCAUGGGAUCUCCCUCUUACAGACCAAAAGAGGAGGCAGUACCAUGCCUCCCUUAGUUUUGGCUGUCAGUGGAGUUUAUGGAGUUAGGUAAUGAGGAAGAUUCUGCUGCAACUGUCUGAAAUGUCUCCUUGCUAUUUUUCUAACAUGUUCAUCUCUUGGUGUUUUGUGUACGUGUGACAUUUGCCUUAAAACAUAGCACAGCUAUCAAAAA